UUUGCAAGCCCAGUGGAACGUUGUCCUGAGAGAAGUCUUGUAAAAAAUCACAUCAUGUAUAGUCAGUCUAUCCGCCUGCUGCGCUUCUCGAUGACCCACGAUGGCAGAUUCACUGGUCGCCUAACCGUGUUUCCGCUUGCGGAGGCACCGCCUUUCUACACCGUCUCGUACACUUGGGGCAAGGACAAGGAAUCAAACACAACAAUCGACUUGGACUCGAUAGAACUCCCUGUACUCCCAAAUCUCGUACCCUUCAUGCGCAUGGUAUCUCAGCACCCUGAUUUCUCAGACAACCAGUGGUGGUGGAUCGACUCGCUCUGCAUCAAUCUCACGGACAUCCGCGAGCGCGAACAGCAAGUCCAGCUCAUGGCCAACAUUUACAAAAGAUCCAGAAGCGUAAUUGUGUGGCUGGGCAACGAAGUCGAGCCAGGGAGCGAUUGCACACAAGCUCUCGACUUCUUGCUCUACCUCAGCACUCUUCCGCUUUCGCCGUCGUGGUCGUCCAACCCUGCAGCCAGAGAAGACCAGAACACUAUUCGUCAGGCUCUUCGCGAUCCAAGAUAUAGUGCGCAAUGGAAUGCAUUGAGCAAUCUACUCUCUAGGCCAUGGUGGUCUCGCGUCUGGACUCUCCAAGAGUUUGUCCUGCCCGCAAAAGGCAGGAUCUGCUGUGGUACUGAGACUUGCAGAUUAAUCAUCAGAUGUACGACCUGAUUC